GUCAAUUUGUAUUUGCCAUGUUGAUCUAAAGUAAAAUAGUUAUAAUGAUUUAGACUGUGAAGUUCAGUAGCAUAAUUAUCUGAAAUGGUGAUAUAAGAUGUUCCCAUUGUAUGUGAGAGGUUUACCGGGUGAAAUUACACUUGACGACUUGAUUAUAUAUUUUCAAUCGACGGGAAAAUCAGGCGGCGGUGAUGUUGACUAUGACGCUUGCAAAUUGGAUGGCGACAAAGCAGUCGUAGUGUUUGAGAAGAAGGAAUAUUUAGAUAAUGUUUUAAAAAGGAUUCAUGAAAUUGAUGGCUACAAGCUGGAGAUAUCCGCCGAAGAUAAACCAAAGAAGCCAACUCCAAAACCACGAACUAAAAAGACAGAAUCGAAAUCUACUGACCACGAGGAGUUUCAGAAAAGAAAAUACUUACCGAAUCAACCAGACGUCGAGAAAGCCCGUCUUGGCGAAGUUCGAACUGUUAUCGUUAGUGGGCUUUGCCCAGAUUCAACAAACGAAACUGUAAAAAUGUUGUUUGAAAGCAGCAGAAGGUCUUGUGGAGGGGAAAUAGAGGACCUGGAGAGACUGGAACCAGGCGUUGCUCAUAUUACUUUUGCCAGUGCUGAAGUUGCGGCACAAGUAUUAAAGCAAGAUAAACUGGAACUGGAUGGGUAUCUUUUGCAACUAAAAGAAAAGCAACCGGAACUGGUUCUUCCUCUGGAUAGGAAAAAGUUGUAUGUUGAAAAUAUAAGCCCGAAUACGACCGAAGACAGCUUGUGGAAUUAUAUGGCAGUAAGAACGAAACUGGAUGUGACUGGUAUACAGCGUGGUGAUAAUGGAAAUGCUUUUAUAACAUUCAACGAAGAACCAGAUAUGAAAAAAGUGUUGGACAGUAAAAAGCCUUUGGAAGGAGCAGAGUUAACAAUUUCCAAUCCUCCAGUAUGUAACAGCGUUUUAGUAACUGGGCUCUCUAAGAAGACAACCAAACAAGCGAUUGAGAUGUACUUUGAGAAUGAACGAAAUGGUGGAGGCAAGAUAUAUGGGGAUAUUAUAUAUCAAAAAGAUAAAGGAAGAGCAGUCGUCUCAUACUGCGACCCCAUAAAUGUCGUCAGGACUUUAAGCGCAAAAGAGCACAGACUAAAUCAAUCCGUUUUAACCUUACGUCAACACUAUCCAUUCAUGGAAACAAUAACAGAAACAACCACGAGGAUGAUAAAGAUAGACACACAUGUAUUGGAUCAUGUUUUAAAGAAUUGUGAAAAAGAAAUUUUUGAUCGGUUUGGGGAUAAAGCUCUCGAAAUUUUGAAAAGUAAUAAUGAAGAGUUUACUUUCCCGAGCGACACGGCAAAUGAGAUCGAAGCAUACUUGGCUGGAUUUACAGUCGAGAAAAUACCAAUUGGCAAGAGGUUGUUGGAAAGUUUCCGGAAUGAGUUAGAAGAUAUGAUAAGGAAGGCAAACCAAGGUAACAUUACUGUAAAAACAGAUAAAAACGAACAAAAAAUAGAAGUUGCAGGGGAAAAGGGUCAAGUUACCAACGUUCAAAAUCAGUUUCAACUUGCAAUGGCCGAAAUGGAAAAGCAAUUAAAUAUUGUUACCAAAAUGAUUCCUGAUGUUGCUAAAACGAAAUUUGAGUUGCUCUCACUUCACGGUGCUAUCGAAAUGUUGGGAAAAAAUUUUUAUGUGGAAGUAGGUUUCGGGCCACGUAGAGAUACUAUCACAUUGAAAGGAACAGGAAAACAUGUUUCCACGGCUACGGAGGAGCUCCUGAAGAAAUGUUCACAAAUUACAGAAGAUAAUGUUGACCUUUCUAAGAAUGAAAGACUUUUUCUUCAGAACGGCGGACUUGACAUUGUAAAUAAAGGGAUGAAAGCAAUACGAUUGAGAGGAAUGGUUUCCCUCAGCCAGAAAAAGAGUAACAAUGUUAAAAUACAUGUUUUCGACGGCGCAAAAUCUGAAGAUGUUGAAGACUACUUAAGAAGAUGCAUGUAUGAAAGACAAUAUUCGCUUGACGAAGACAGCCGCACUCUACUCAACAGUGAAAAAUGGAAAGCAUUUUAUAAAAGUGUUAUGACUGGUACCUCAGUUAUGAUAUUCACCGAUAAAAGUCCGCCUGAAAUUUCGUUAAUUGGUGAGAAACUAGAGGUGGAACAAGUUUUUGAUAGUUUGAAGGAAUUUAUGAAGCGCAAUACAAUUGUGAAGGAAAGUAUUGGUUUGGGCGUUGGUUAUAAAGAAUAUUUACAGCUUUACUGCAAAAAGGAACUCGAAGCAAUCGGAAAUAAUUUCGAAGAACAUUAUGUUAAAGUAUACUUUGGAGAAGAAGAUAAAAGACUAAUCGUAUGUGGUACGAAAGAGGGCGUCAAAAACGCAACUAGGCAGUUGGAUAAAGUUGUGUCGACGAUAGCUACUGGUACAGUCUGUGUUGACAAACAAAGAGAUCAGAAAUUUUUUAAAUCCGAAGAAGGAAAAGACUUUAUCGAAGUCGUACAAUCAAAGAGUAAAUGCUUGGUCCGACUCACAGAAAAAAAUGAAAGUGAAUCAACGAUGAUUUCGUCAACUAAGUCCCCUCCAGCAGAACCAACUUCGAAAUUACUCUGCAGUCAUGAAACUCGAGAAAAAAUCUUGCUGAAAGUGUACAAGGACAAUAUUACGGCACAUCCCUGUGACGUCAUCGUGAAUGCAGCUAAUGGCGACUUGAAACAUAUUGGUGGAGUGGCAAAGAGCAUUUUGGAUGCCGGAGGAAGAGAGAUACAAGACGAAUGCGACGAACACGUCAAAGAAAAUGGAAAGCUUUUCGACGGUCAAUGUUUCAGUGGAAGUCCAGGAAAAUUGCCUUGUAAAGUUCUGGUCCAUGCUGUCGGUCCUCGUUGGGAUGCUAGCAAUCGUGAAAAAAUAUGCAAAUUGUUAAGUGUCACCUGCACGAGAGCACUUGAGGAAGCGAUAAAGUAUCGAUCGAUUGCUCUUCCUGCAAUCGGAAGUGGUGUUUAUGGUAUUCCUAAAGACGUCUGCGCUGAAAUAAUGAUCGAAGCCGCCGAAAAAUUUAGUAGGAAUCACGAGGAUUCCAGCCUGAAGGAGAUUCACUUUGUCAAUAACGAUGACGCGAGUGGACAGGUUUUUGUCAAGAAAUUUCGUGAGAAAUUUGGUGGACGACCCUCAUUGAUAAGAAAUGAGGAGAAGCCUGCCAAUAGCAGAUUCUAUGCUUCUCUAAAACCAAGUUAUCAGAGUGUGACCAAAGAAACCGCGCGAAAAGCGGUAUCCACACAAGACGAUUUGCGAAAACGAAAGUCUGAUGAUUCUAUUUUUACUACACAGAACAUGAAAAUAUCAGUGGUGGUUGGAGAUUUAGCAACAUAUAAGGCCGACGUUCUGGUCAACACGACGGGACAUACUCUUGACCUUGAGGCUAACCCAUGCAGCAAAGCCCUUAGCUAUGAGGCCGGUUCAACGCUGCAAGCCGAAUGUAGAAGGAUUGGCAAGUUAAAAGUCGGUCAGGUAGCUGUCACCACUGGAGGAAAUUUGCUUUGCGACGAGGUCUUUCACGUUGUUUGCGAUAAGUGGCGUGGGGGACAAGGAGAAGAGGUGUUACGGGUGAUCAUAAAAAAAUGCCUAAAGAAGUGCAACUCAAAUGGUAAGAAGUCCAUCGCAUUCCCAGCAAUUGGAACCGGAGUAUUGGGAUUUCCACAUGAUGUCGCUGCCAAAAUAUUUUUCGAAGAAACAAAGGAUUUCGAGAAAAGAGUUCCAAAUUCCAGCAUCGAGGAAGUUAGUUUUGUCGUCUACAGUCGGGAUUCAGAGUCGAUUAAGGCGUUUAAGAAGGAAAUAAAGAGGCAAUCAGAGUGGGGCAGCGGUGCGUCUGUUGGAAAGGUAUCAGAUGGUCAGCAAAAGAGGUGGAAGAGGAAUCCAGUUGGAGUUGGAGUUGGAGUUGAAAAAGGUGACUUGUGUGUUGAAAUUGGCAAUGGUAAGAAGGUGGAGAUUGUUAAAGGUGAUAUUACGAAAGAAAGAUCAGAUGUUAUUGCUCACUUGACCAAUCCAAGCCUGUUCAUGCGAAGUGGGGUCGCCAUCGCUCUUGUGAAAGCUGGAGGAAAUGAUAUUGAAAGUGCAUGCCAAAAUAUACGCGAUUCAUAUAAACUAGUCAGUGCAACUACAGUUUUAACAACCGCAGGAAGAUUAGAUGCUAAAUACGUUGCUCACAUGGUUGCUUCUAACGAUCCCUCCUUCAGUGAGAUUGAAAAGUGUAUCACCAACUGCCUAAAUAGAGUUACGGAAAAAAAAUGUGAAAGCAUUUCAUUUCCCGCCGUUGGAACAGGCUCCUUAAAAAGCGACCCCGGAAAAGCUGCUAAAACAAUUUUUUCAUCGGUCGUACGUUUUCUUCAGUCAAGCGCUGGGUCACUCAAAACUGUUCGCAUUGUUUUAAAGGAUGAUGAUCUUGUCGAGGCAUUUCAAGCAUCGGUAAAGAAGUUUAACGAAAGCGAAGAGCCUGGAGUGUUUAAAAAGAUUGUAAAUUAUUUUUGGAGCACAGAAUCACCCGCAGCCUUGAAAGUGGUAGAGAAUACCCGUGUUACCACCACAGAACUUCUCUUAGAAAUCUAUGCUCAAAACGAAGCAACCGUUGCAAUGGCAAAAGAGAAAAUUUUGAACGUCAUUGAAAAGCAAAAGAAGAAAGAAAAACUAGACGACGAAAACAUCGUAAAACUGUCAAGUAUGGAAGUUGAGGAGAUAAAACGCUGGUGCGAUUUGAACGAUGUUAAAGUUACUAUUGAUAAAGAACUUAACCGUAUUAUCAUGUUUGGACACAGUGAGGACAUUUCCACCAUGAUUACUAAAAUAUAUCAAGUUUUGAAAAAAAUUGGCGAGAAAGAGAGAGCUGAAAUGCACGCGGAGUAUGCCGAAAUGGUUUCGAAGAGUGUACAGUGGUUUUACGUGGAUCCAGUAACCGGUGAUCAUGAAGAGUACCACAAGCAUACAAACGCCGCUAUCGAGAAAGCUUACAGCAAAAACGAAAAAUCCGUUAUUUUCGAGUUACAAGAUGGAAAAUGCGGAAUUAUUUUCGAUAAGAUGCAAGAAAUGAACUUGGACACAAACGUGAAGACGGAAGUCAUGAGGAAAGAUCUCAAAGAGAUAUCCGUACCCGACUAUUGGGAACCUCAACCACUCGAUGCCAAUGGCAAAGAGCUUGCUGUACACUUUGUCCUUCUCAACCCUAAGAAUCCAAACCACAAGAAGGAAUGCAAGGAAAUUUCUGAUCAUUUCAACAGAACAUGCAACCAGCAAAUUCUUCAGAUCGAGCGAAUCCAAAAUCCAUCGUUGUAUAAACAGUACGUUACGAAAAAACUAAGCUUGGAUCAAAAUGGUGGAAAAGGUAGUAAUGAGGCGUUCUUGUUUCAUGGCACAAGUCCUGAUAAGUUAGAGGAAAUAAGUGAAAAAGGACUAAACAGGAGUUAUGCUGGAAACACUCAUGGAGUUGCAUUUGGUAGAGGAGUUUACUUUGCAAGGGAUGCCUCUAUGUCGGCUGGUUAUGCCCAACCAGACAGUUCGACAGGACGAAGGUACAUGUAUUAUACAAGAGUGGCAGUUGGAGAAUACACAAACGGGGGCAAAGGCAUAUUGGUACCACCAAAGAAAGGAUGGGGCAGCAAUGAUUCGUACGAUUCUGUUGUCAAUGAUGUAAACAACCCGACAAUCUAUGUUUUGUUUUAUGAUAAUCAAUAUUAUCCCGAAUACUUGAUAACCUUCCAGUAAAGGAAAUGUAACCCCAGUUCACAUUAAUUUAUCGUAAAAUAAUGAUUUAGAAGGAGUUCACUAAUCAAAAUAUAGAUUGAAAAACAGUUCGGAGAUUUGGAAAAAAAAAUGUCUUUGUCACUUCAGCUAUAUUGAAUUGUAUUAAUUUCGCAUUCCGCGACUGAAUGAAUAAUUAAUACAACAUCUAGCAAUAACUUUUCGGCCUGGUUCACAAUUUUCCUCAUUAACUAAAUUUUCGUGCUCUAACUAAUAAGCUACGUAGGACGUUUGUGGGAGAAUGAGCCUAUUUUUGGUAGAUUCAGAGUUUAAAAUACUCGAGAGGACAAUUUCUUGUUGUUUACUUGUUUUGUGACGAAAAUAUGCUUGCAUGAAAUGGCUAAAGUCUACUGGAGAAGGAAUGUCGCGGCAAAGUUCGAACAGUUCACAAACAUCCAUGCAAAUUCGAACUGUUGACCAGUACCAGGCAUCUUAAACCUCUCUAUUUUCUAAUAUUGGAAAGUGCAUGUUGAUUUGAUUGAUUUUGUUUUAUUACACGUACAAUAACAUACAAUGAGCUAAAUUAUUACGUGUUUAUACAGAUAUUUGAAAAAAAAUAGUUUACCACUUAUAUGAUUGGGUUUUACACAUCUUUCGUUUUCUUCGUAUUAAGGAUUAGUUAAUACUGAUGUCCCAAAAAUGUCCCUUGGCGAACAUUGCAUGGAGGAUACUUCUUUUGAAAUGAUGCAAUUUGUAAAAUGUUCUUAUCUAUUACCUCGAUUUCGUCUCGGUUUUUAAUCAGCGAUACUUACCUCACCUUUGGCGAAUAAUUCUCUCUGUCCUGGCGUAGCCAGCAUCAAUAAUUGGGGGGGGGGGCAUAUUCAUAUAUUCAGGUUA